CAGAGUUAGUUCCGCGAGAGGGCCCGUUACCUCUGAACGUUUGUGCAGUACCAUACGUAUUUAUAUGAAAAUAUUACGUCAACCGAUCACUUAACACAAUCGAAAAUUAAUAUCUCCUAAUUCGUAAAUAAGACAACGUGGGUCUUGACAAGUUUUUUAAUUUCUAAAUAUAUUUUUUUAACUAUUUUGCGAAGUUUAAAGUGAAGUUGAAUUCUGUUAUUUCAAAAUAUAAAACGGUUGUUUAUAAAUCACGGAACUGUUAUUAAUUUUAUGUGAUCCAUUAUAUAAUAAAUAUUUUUAUGAACACAUAAUACUUUAGUUGAACAAUGAAGCUGGAUAAAAACUGCGAAUUCUGGUAAUUCGAUAUUACUUCAAUAAAAUGAUCAAGUGUGCGAGUAGUUCAGGAAAUUAAAGAAAAAUAGUGUCUGUGUUAUAUGAGACGUUUGUGGGAUAGAUAGGUGGCAUGGAGGUGGUUCUAACAGGAAGCCGCAUUUUGGUGGCGUUUAUAGCUACCAUUAUAUGGAGUAUGGGGGUUCGAGGGCUUCAUAACUUAGAAAUCAACGUGCCAAGUGCAGUGCUCGUGGGAGAGACGGUUACCCUCGAAUGUAGUUGGCAGUUAGAAGAUGAAGAGGCCCUAUACAGCGUAAAAUGGUACCGAGGGAGAGAAGAAUUCUAUAGAUAUAUACCAAAGGAAUUGCCUCACACGAGAGUAUUCCCACUGCCUGGGAUUGAAGUGGAUAUAUCACGUUCGGGUGCCAGGCGCGUUGUUCUACAGGAGGCAACACCGGCGAUGGCAGGUCGUUUCCGCUGCGAGGUGUCAGCAGACGCACCCACUUUCCACACGGAAAUACGAUCAGCGCCCUUGGAUGUCGUAGAACCUCCAGAAUGGCCUCCCAAAUUAGUAUCCGAUCGAUCAUGGUAUGGUGUUGGAUCUACACUAAAGGCGACAUGCGCCUCGCCGCAGGCGCAUCCACCUGCGAAUUUGACGUUUGCUUUGAACGGUCAAGAGAUCGAUAUGGAAUCACUUCUCCAUGAGGUACCGGAUUGGUUUAAAUGGGAUCCUCAGAUGAAAGCCGACACAACUACAACGGAGCAACCCGAGGAUGAUAUCAAUUUCAAUAUAUUUUCCGACGAAAGUAAUAUUCAAUAUCUUGACGAAUCUUACAUAAACCUUCAUAAAGAAGAAAUCAGGCGACCCUCUAAAGAAAGUAUAAAGCCAGUCUAUGAAAGGACGGGACCUGAUAAUAGGCUGCCAUCAGUUGGCGAAGUUUUAUUUGUCGUUCGACACGAAGCCUUCGAGCGCGGUAGCUUGAGGUUGACCUGCAUAGCAAGUAUAUACAACCUGUACGCAGCACGUGCCGAACUAAUAUUCGAUAUGGAGCAACCAGAAGUUGCUUCAGUUUUGGGCGUCCGCAACGAUGCUAUAGAUUCUUAUAGUAUGAGCUGGUAUUCUGUGUAUAUGUCCCUAAUUUUACUAAUCAUCCGGUAGUUUUAUACUGAAAAUAAUAAAAUAUAAAUUGCAUAGCAUGUUGGAAUGAUACUUCAAUGGCAACAUUCACAUUGUACAUAUUCAUGUAACAUAUCUAAUUACGUCAUUCGUAUACGUCUUUUGUUUCAUCCUAUUCACGUUGCAGUUUCAAAGAUGUAAAUAUUUUAGUGUAAAAAAUAUAAAUUAUAUUGAGUUCUUUAUAGCUCAAAUGAUUUAAAAAAAUACCUAUGUAUAAGUAGUGCCUAAGUGACAUGUGAUGUAAUAUUGUUUAUGAAUUGUUUUAUCGUAACUCUUAUAAGAACUAUUGAAAGAAAUUUUAUUUUAGAAAUAAUAAUCGAAUUUAUUAUUUUUGUGCAUUAUCUAUAAAUUGGUUACCGUGUUAGGAUGUAACCAUAUCAAAGACUGAACAUUUAUUUAUAAAUUACAAACUUUUGGGCUAUUAAGUUUGUUUUCUAAAAUAAUAAUUGUAAUAUAAAUAAAAAAAAUCAAUUGCCAAUAUCUUUAAAUGGAAACAUUAUUUAGUAGAUAUCUUAAAGAAUACCGUUCUAUAUAUUCAUGUUGAUGGAUUAGCUUGCAUUACAAAAAAUGUGGGCUAUUUGUCUUUGCAUGAAAGUAUCGUAACAAUUUGUAAGAUUUCCGAUUUUACGUUUAUACUUCCACGUGUAGUUUCUUGGCCUAAUGGAAGAAUGUCUUUAAUAAUAAAUAUGUUAUUAAUAAACAAUCCCUUACACUAAAGUAGACGAUUAAAUGACAAUUGUAAAUAUUUUCCUCUAAGAAUUUAAACAUGUGUCAACUAUCAUCAAGAUUUCUAUUAUAUGUACAAAAUAAAUAGAUUACUGAGAAACGUAUCGAAGUUAUUAAAAAUAGAAUAAAAAUGUUAA